CGGUAGAGUGGAGUUUUCUCAAACUAGCCUACAACUACCAGACGGAGGCGUUGUGUGACAUAAACAAAGAGAAGAAGAUGCACUAUUACAGAUAUGAAAAUGCAGAGGUCAGCUGUUGCUACAAAUACCUCAUGUUCAGCUACAACAUUAUCUUUUGGCUGGCUGGAACAGCAUUCAUUGCAGUUGGCUUCUGGGCCUGGAGUGAAAAGGGUGUACUAUCAGAUCUGACACAAGUAACACGUCUACAUGGUUUUGACCCUGUUUGGGGCGUGCUUGUGGUGGGCACAGUCACAUUUGUUUUGGGCUUCGCAGGGUGUGUUGGAGCCCUCAGGGAAAACAUCUGCCUCCUUAAGUUUUUCUCUGGAGUCAUUGGGUUUAUCUUCUUCCUGGAGCUGACAGCUGCGGUGCUGGUAUUUGUUUUCCAGGGACAAGUAAGGGGAUGGAUCAAUGAUUUCUUCUUGGCCAAUGUAAAGGCUUACAGGGAAGAUAUUGACCUACAGAACGUGAUUGACUCCAUUCAGAGACUAAAUCAUUGCUGUGGAGCUAAAGACCCCAACGACUGGAAUCUGAAUGUGUAUUUUAACUGCUCAGUUAGUAAUCCCAGCAGAGAGAAAUGUGGAGUACCUUUUUCCUGCUGCCUAGGUGAUCCUGCUGAUACAGUGCUGAACACACAGUGUGGAUAUGAUGUUAGAUCAUCUGGCACAUUGUCCCAGUGGAGCAGCACUAUUUAUGUCAAAGGAUGUAUCACAGCUUUAGAGGACUGGCUUCCACGGAAUCUCUACAUUGUGGCAGGAGUCUUCAUAGUCAUAUCACUUCUACAGAUGGUGGGAAUCUUCUUGGCAAGGACGUUGAUUGGAGACAUUGAAAAGGAGGGACUGGUGCACUUUAUGAAAAUAGAUGGCAUCAUGAGGAAGGAAGAUAAUGUGGAUAUAUUGAAGCACCAUCUCAAGACAUCAGCCAGGAAGUUAAAAUUUGGUCGCAAAUGGGUCUUCCAAAUGGACAGUGACCCCAAGUAUACCUCCAAAGUUGUGGCAAAAUGGCUUGAGGACAACAAAGUCAAGGUAUUGGAGUGGCCAUCACAAAGCCCUGACCUCAAUCUGAUUGAAAAUUUGUGGGCAGAACUGAAAAAGCGUGUGUGAGCAAAGAGGCCUACAAACCUGACUCCGUUACGCCAGUUCUGUCUGAAGGAAUAGGCCAAAAUUCCAGCAGCUUUUUGUGAGAAGCUUGUGGAAAGCUACCCAAAAUGUAUGAACCAAGUUAAAGAAUUUAAAGGCACUGCUUCCAAAUAGUAACUAAGUGUAUGUAAACUUCUGACCCAUUGGGAAUGUGAUGAAAGCAAUAAAAGCUGAAAUAAAUAAUUCUCUCUACAAUUAUUCUGACUUUUCACAUUCUUAAAAUAAAGUAGUGAUCCAAACUGACCUAAGACAGGGAAUGUUUUCUAUAAUUAAAUGUCAGGAAUUGUGAAAAACUGAGUUUAAUUGUAUUUUGCUAGGUGUAUGCAACUUCUAACUUCAACUGUAUUUUAUCUUUUUAUUGGAUUGCAUCAACAGAACAUAAUCUGUUAAUGUUGUAAAAAAGAUGUAAUUAUUAUCAAGAACAAAAGCGGCUUGGACAACCAAAUUUUAAUUACUGAAACAUCUGUAUGGUCCCCUUGCACACUUUCCACAACAGCGUGUCAAGUCUUUUCUGUUGAUUACUGAAUUAAGAAAUGGUACAAAAGCACAGUUUGUUCAAAGAGGGUGGGGUGACAUACUUUAGCUUUUGAAGUAUGUUUCUACAGUAAUUGUUCAUUGGAUAAAACAGCAUAAAUCAUCUCCAUUUAUAGAAAGUUUGUCUAACUGUGGACAGAUGAAUAUCUGUCUCUUCAAGAUAUCUCUUUCCAGCUUUAUGCAAUGCAACAAUUCUUGAUCGUAAGUCUUCAGAGAUCUCUUUUGUAUUUUUUAUGCUUUUUACAAGUCAAAAUAGCUCUAACCCACACCUCCAAUCUCUACAUUUAUUGGAUGCUAGCUUUGCCAACUCCUGACUCUAAUUAGCUUUUGUUUAACCUAGAGCAGUGAUUUCCAACCCCCCCCCCCAAUACUACUUUUUGGGUAUCUCCCUAAUCAGACAUGCCUGAUUCAA